AUGGCAGGGAUGGGUCAUGCGGACCAAGUGAUGGCCAGAAGUCUUCAGGUCGGACAAGAAUUGCGCCGUAAUAUACACAAAAAUCAGCAGAAGUUCGGUCAAGCUGCGUCCAUUAUGGCCGAGUUUUCGAUAUGUAACGCACAAGCUGGGUCACCAAUGCAUGACCCUAUCUUCUUAAAAAGAGACCAGAAAUCUCGACGGAAGGUACUGAGAGAGAUGAAAACAAGCAAACUAUCAAAGGCCGAGCACUUCUUACGACUACGUCGACCCAACUUCAACCUACGAAGCAACUGCGAUGAAGGCCGCCGCUUCGAAAUGGACAACGGUGAUUUUUUCUCCGAGCGCUUAUCGAUAACUCAGUUCAAAGAUGCUCGCAGUGUCAAGCAGAUCUACGAUCUACUGCUCUUCUACUACAGCAACAUUGAGAUCAGCAUCUCCGAGAAAAUCGGUCAUCUUACCAUCCGCUUGGACGACGACGCUGGCAGUAGAAGUAUCAUCCAGAAUCGACUCAUGUCUACGACGGUAGAAGACCUAAAAGUGGAGUCGAACACCAUUACUUUUGCCCAAUUUUACGAGCAUCAAGACGGCGACUAUGGGGUCAUCGUGAUGGACUACGCAGACGAGGAUGAGAAGUAUCCGUAUCAGCCAAGUGAGUGCAUUCGAAAGGACGUGGUCGCUGUGAUGGAAGUCCGCGAGUGCCCACGAUCCGCCAAAGACGAAGGCAAAAGGACAGUCGUACUCACUAGAUGGGUUCAAAGCAAGUUGCACCGCCCAGAAUUUCCGGUUACGCUCAAGCUCUGGAGCGAACUGCGCGAAAAGAUGGAGCUCUUUGGUAAGACUAUGCAACGGAGCUUGGCAAAAGAUCUGAACAUUGAAGCACUCGGUCUAAGAGUGCCAGGCAAUACCUGA